AUGCUGUGGGGUUGCGGCCGCCGGGCCUCGCGCGCGAAGAUCUGGGGUGUACUUACAGCUGUGGCGGCGGCGACGGCGGCGACUCUAAACAGUGUGUCCUUCUUUGCUGUCACUUCUGAUCCUUCUGCUUCUUUUUUGACUCAUUUUCACUCAAUUUUCCGAAAACCAACUCACCAUUUUCGCUUUCUGGCUGGCCAGCGGCCCCCGAGCUUCAUCCAGGCCUCUCCCCCGCUUUCUUCCUCCAUAGGGUCACCUACGGGCGCCGCUGAAGCCCCAGGGGCCCCCCAGCCCUUUUCCUCCAGCCCUUCAAGUGCGCCGCGGGGCCCCCCGGCAGCAGCAGCAGCAGCAGCAGCAGCUGCAGCAGCAGCAGCAGAAGACCCUCCCGAGCCCCCUUCUGCAGCCAUGGCGUGGCGCAGCCACGGGAGCAGCAACAAAGAGCUUGUGGAGAAUUUGAGGCGCUCAGGCGUCUUCAAGGACCAAAGGGUUUUCGACGUCAUGCUGCAGGUGGACCGGGGCCACUUCGUGAGCCAAGACCCUUACCUGGACAUGCCCCAGUCCAUCGGCUUCGGGGCCACCAUUUCUGCACCCCACAUGCAUGCAAUUGCUCUUGAACAACUUAAAGAAGAACUGGUGUGGGGCCACAGGGCCCUCGACGUCGGAUCGGGGACAGGCUAUUUGACAGUUUGCAUGGCCUUGAUGGUGGGCGCUGGGCAAGAGGGCGGGGGCGUGGCCGUGGGGAUUGACUACGUGCAGGGUUUGGUGGACUUGUCGCGCAAGCAAGUCGCGAGGUUGGGGUUAAGGAACGUGGCUGCUGCCUUCCCGUCGCUGCUGUCGAGCCCCAACUUUGAGCUAAUCAAAGGAGACGGCUGGGCGGGGGGCCCCUCUUGGGGGGCCCCCUACCACGCAAUCCACGAGGAGGCCAGGCUCUUGUUGUUAUUUCCAAAAACUCUGAAGGAGAAAUUUCUGUUAAUUACAUCACCAGCGUUAUCUACGUGCCCCUCGUCCGCACCACCUCCCACUAGCUGCCGCCAGCCGCAGCAGCAGCAGCAGCUGCAGCAGCAGCAGCAGCAGAAGCAGCAGCAGCGGCAGCAGAAGAGGCGGCAGCAGAAGCGGCAGCAGCAGCGGCAGCAGCACAAGCAGCGACAACAGAAGCAGCAGGGGCAGCAGCAGCGGCAACAGCAGCAGCAGUACCAGCAGUAG